AUGGCAGUGCAGUUCCUGCGGAAGGCAUCUGUGUGGUGCAAGAAGCGCAAGGUUACGUUGUUGGCCGUUUCUUGCACGGGGCUGUUUGGCGCUAACCUUUCCUAUCACCUGUUUCCUGAGCAGACGUUCAAACUGUUGCAUGAGUGCUGGUCAGAGGGGCAGCCAGCUGAGCUUUCACAGAGGCUCUCUGGCGUCUUUCAGGAUGUCCUUCAAGAUACUCAUGUGAAGUCCCCUGACUCGUAUCGAGCCUUUGCAGCUUCUGGCUUCCACCCUGUGAGUGCUGGAAUCCCCUGGCUGCCUGCAGGCUCUUUGGUGGGCAUCCCACCUAACUUUGAUAGCACAGCUGAGGAUAAAAAAGGAAUAGUCAACCAUGUUGUUGUGAUCAAUGGCAAAGAAGUAAACUGGGAGAGCGACGAAGGUAUUGCUCUGACAGAAGCUCUGACGUUCUCACGUGAAGCUCAGAAGUUUGCCAUUGCCAGAGAAGUUGUGUAUUUGCAGAAGGGCAGCCCUUUAGCAAGAGCAGCUGUCGCUCCAGCUUGCUUAGCUGGUACGUUUCUCUGCGGGAAAGGUAUAAAACUACUUCUGGGUUUAUCUCAUGGCCCCAGGAUACUUCACAACAUCUGUAACCUCAUAACUGCUGCUGGUGGACUAAUGUGCUAUUACGUUUCUUAUGAUGCAUUGACCUAUCACCUAGACUGCAAGGCUGACAGAAGGGCAGCUCUUGUUUCCAAAGACUAUGCCAGAGGUGGGGUUGAAUUUUAUGACAAAAUCUUGUCCUGCAACAGGGUUCUUCGUCAUCUUAUGGGCAAACAAGGGAUGAAAAUAUAUGCCCCAAGUGGUAACCUUUUCCCAGGGCACUGGUUCAGAAUAAAGUAUACCCCAUACACUUACCGAAGAGAUUUGAUUAUGAAUAUUUUAAGAGAGUUCCAGGCAUAGGAAGGGAGCACUUGAAUUUUAAACUUGUGAAUUAUGUAUUC